UUCUCUUGGAGCUCAGUGAUCUGUUUCCGUCACUGUUUGAUGUCAGGGAGAUGAGUGGCUACGUGACCCUUAACAAAAAUUACACAGAAAGACUGCACAUGCUCAGCAGGCAAUGGGUUGAAAGCAUGACUCGCUUGUCUGACAUGAACAGAGAGCUGCAGGCUGAGCAUCAGCAUUCUCAGAGCUUUCAGGAAAAGUGUAAGAACCUGACGUCUAUCCAGACGAAGCUUGAGGAGCAAUUCAUCUCCAAAAAAGAUGAAAAUUACUCCAGUCUCCAAGAGAUGCUGACUGUCCAUCAGAGACUUGAGGUUGUAAUGAAUAUUGGACAUCAGAUUCUGCAGGGUAUUCUCUGUCAUGCCGUCGAGUCUGUGGAAAAAGAAACGGGAGAGAAAAGAUCUAAGCUCAUGGCACAAGUGACCUGUAUGAGGGAGAGCUGGUUGAACUCUGUGGCUCUGGCUGACCAGCACAGGUCCCUGAUAAAAGAACAACUGGGCCAGUGGAGAGUCUACCAUCAUGGCUUGAAACUUUUGUGGAAGUUGAUGAUGGACGUUGACCCUUUGUUGCCCCCUGCUGGACCUGCUCUCUGUACACUGCAUCAGCUACGGAGCUGCACAGAUAAUUUUCAGUGUGUGGAAGACGCUCUGGGUUUGCACUCCACUGUGUACACCCAGACUCUGGAGGCUGGCAGGCAUUUAUGUAAAACCAUGACGGGGUCUGAGUGUCAGAGCCGACUGCAGUCAGACCUCCAGGCCAUACAGGAGGCCUGGGAACAAACCACUUCACUGCUGGAGAGGAGAAGAGCCCUAAUUAGCACAACAGUUCAGAAGUAUUCUCAGUGUCAGGAUGGGAUAACCAGCAUCAUGUCUGAACUGGAUGAGCUGAAAGUCAUGAUAAAACAGACGCUGCCUGAAAGACCGUACAGCUCAGAGGACAAGGAACACCUUCAGGAGACGGAGCUCUCUCUGCAGCGUCUGGCCAGUGGAUUGAGGGAAUUAACCACCAUGAAGACGGACCUGUCCCAGUACGUUGCGGCCGGUGACUCGGCUCUGCUGGAGCAGCAGCUGGAACAACACAGCCAAUGGGAAGAGCUGUGUAUGAAGGUGUCCCUGCGCAGGCAAGAAAUUGCAGACCGUCUCAAUGCCUGGACCAUCUUCAAUGACAAGAACAAAGAGUUCCAUGAUUGGCUGACUCAGAUGGAGAACAAGGUGUGCCACAGCGGGGAUCUGAGCAUCGAGGAAAUGGUGGAGAAACUGAAAAAGGACUGCAUGGAGGAAAUCAACUUGUUCAGCGAGAAUAAGAGCCACCUGAAGCAGCUGGGUGAGCAGCUGCUGUUAGCCAGUGAUGAGGCUAAGCAGACCCGGGUCCACGGCUCGCUGCUGGAGGUCAACCAGCGCUGGCACAACCUCUUCCACCACAUCGAAGCCAGGGUAAAGAAACUGAAGGAGACUCUGGUGACGGUGCAGCAGCUGGAUAAGAACAUGAGUAACCUCCGCUCGUGGCUUUCACGCAUGGAGUCCGAGCUGUCCAGACCCAUCACCUACAGCGUCUGUCACCACCAGGAGAUCCAGAGGAGGCUGGCUGAGCAGCAGGAGCUGCAGCGGGACAUUGAGCAGCAUACGGAGGGCGUAGUGUCAGUAAUCAGUCUGUGCGAUGUUUUGCUGCGGGACGAAGAUGCUGCUGGUGGCACUGAGGUGGAGAACGACUCCCUGCAGGAGACCAGCCACAGCCUGGACCAGCGCUGGAGGACCAUCUGUGCCAUGGCUCUAGACAGGAGGCUCAGGAUUGAGGAGACGUGGCGACUGUGGUGUAAGUUCCUCGAUGACUACUCGCGGUUCGAGGAUUGGCUCAAGAUAGCCGAGCGCACAGCUGCCAACCCCAGCUCUGCAGACGUCCUUUAUACGGUCGCCAAGGAGGAGCUCAAGAAGUUUGAGAGUUUCCAAAGGCAGGUUAAUGAGCGGCUGACCCAGCUGGAACUGGUCAAUAACCAAUACCGCCGCCUGGCCAGGGAGAACCGCACUGACCGAGCCAGCCAACUCAAAGCCAUGGUGCACGAAGGCAACCGCCGCUGGGACACCCUGCACCGCAGAGUGGCCGCCAUCCUCCGCAGACUCAAGUACUUUACCAGCCAGAGGGAGGAAUUUGAAGGCACCAGGGAGAACAUGCUGGUGUGGCUGACCGAGCUGGACUUGCAGCUCACCAAUGUCGAACACUUUUCAGAGAGCGACAUCCAUCACAAGAUACAACAGCUCAAUAGCUUCCAGAAGGAGAUCACCCUGAACACAGAGCGCAUCGACGGCCUAAUAGUGUUUGGAGAGGGUCUGAUCCAGAAAAGCUCCCCGCAGGAUGCGGCGCUGAUUGAAGACGAGCUGGAGGAGCUGCACUCCUACUGCCAGGAGGUUUUCAGCAGACUGGUCCGCUUCCACCAGCGCCUCAGCCAGCCCCCAACAAUCAAAGAAGAACCGGAGAUCUCUAGUACAUCCUUUUCUUUGGAGUCGAGCUUGGAGCUGAUUGGCCGGCCGUGGCUGGGGCGGAGCCAAGGAAGCCUCCCGGCCACACCCACCCACCUGCUGGCCUCUCCGCUGGAGCGUUCGGGGCGGGAGACCCCAGUGAGCGUGGACUCCCUGCCGCUGGAGUGGGACCACACCGGAGACGUUGGAGGGUCAUCCUCACAUGAGGAUGAUGAGGUGGAGGAGGGGGAACAUGAAGAUGAGAGAAUUUACUUCAGCGCAUCAGAGGUGGAGUUGACUGAGAGCCAGGAGGAAUAUGUCGAAGCCCCAGAGGCGCUACAAGCCUCCUCACUGGUUUCAAGCAGGUCCAUGGCCGCACAUGACUCUCCAAGAUGGCGAUCACAGGAAGACAAGGAAACAGAGUCUCUCCAGCUGGACUCGGAGGGCCACACCGAGGCUCCACCCAAUCUCACCAGCACCCCUCUAAAGCAGGGCUAUUUGCAUCUCAUGUCUCAGUGCAGCGGCAGCAUCGAGGACAUUAAAAGAGUCUCACUGAUCCUGGACGAUGAGGAGCAGCCAGAGGAGCUCGGUCUCACAGGACUGACUGCCUCAGACAAACAGUCAGGUGUGAUCGAACGCUGGGAGCUCCUUCAGGCUCGGUCCAGGAGCUACCAGCACGAUGGCCUUCAGGAACCUCAAGAGCUCAUCUCUGACCUUGAUGACAUCACUUCCUGGUUAGAAGACGUGAUCCCAGAGCUAGAGCGCCUCCAGCAGGUGGACCCAGCAGCCAGUGUUGAGGACAUGGCAACCAGAGCCAAAGAACUAAAGGAGAUGCAGAAGACAUUUACUCGCUACAAGUCUGUGAUGCUGUCUGUCAACCUGCGAGCUCAGGAAGCUCCAGAGCUUCAGGAGAGACUGGCACGUAUGAACAGAGACUGGAGCAGAGCGUGUACAGGCCUCCAGCAGUGGGACACCAGUAUGAGGAAGACGCUGAUGCGCUGCCAGGAGUUCCAUGAGACCCUCCACUCUCUGCUGUUGUGGCUGGCCCACGCAGAGAGCAGGCGCUAUGCGGUGGACAUCAGUCACCCAGACACACCUGUCAGGGCCCUGCAACACCACCACAAGACACUCACAAAUCUGCAGGAGGAGCUAGAUGGCAGGCAGACUCAGCAGGCCUCACUCCAGGCUUUGUGGUCUCAGCUCCAGCCUGAGGAUGAGGCUGAGGAGAGCGACGAGGCCCAGGAGAAACUCCACGUGACCAGUAGCAAACUGAAGUUACUGCUGAGGCAGGUGGACCAAGACCUCAGCACCCUGCAACAGCGCCUGGAUCGUGAAUCAUCAGAAGUCCAAGGCCAAAGCACUUCUGCAGAUCUUUCUGAGGAGGCCACAAAUUCAAAGAAAGGUUCCUCUAGUCAAAGAGAGAAGAGGGACUCACCCCCACCUCGUUCCUUCUUCUCCCGGGUCCUUCGUGCAGCCUUCCCCCUCCACCUCCUCCUACUGUUCCUCCUCCUCCUGCCCUGUCUUAUUCCCAUGUCAGAGAGCGACCCCAGCUGUACAGGGGCCAACAACUUUGCCUGGUCCUUCUACCCCAUGUUACGCUACACCAACGGCCCACCACCCACCUGAUAGAGAUGUACUUUGGGUGAUCGGACACUGAGAAACACAUGCCACCUUUUUUGACACAAUAACCACGAGUACAAAAUGUCUAACAAAAUUUAAAUGUUAAGUUGAUGAAGCGAUUGUCUUCUAAAAAACAUCCAAAGUGCAGAAAUUGUAUUUGAGUGUCUAUUUUUAAAGAUUUGAUCUUAUAUUUAUUCCAUGAACAAAACCUCCCAUUUGUCUCUAUUUCAGUAAGGAAAACACCAUGUGUGGGGUAAAAAGAAAUUGAUAUUUUAGUUUAAUAAUGCAAAGAUCUUCCAAGAAAUGAAUCACUGCAUCCUCUUGGAGAUCUCCCUGCAAGGAGUCGUACAGUAGAUGGGGUCCUGACACUUGGGGAGAGGUAAAGCAGCAUACAGUAUAUACUGUAGCAGCAACUGCAAAGAGGCACACGGUAACAGGUAAGAUACUUUAAAUAUCCUUCAGCUACUGUAGAAGCCAGCAAACAUAUAUUCCACUGGGUAAUAAGAGGUUGCAACCAAGUAUGAUGAGGGGAAAAAACAAAAGUAAAACAGUAUUUUCUUUUACAUGUUUAUAUUCAGAUAUGUCUCCUGCCUCGGUCCUAAAACUCUCCAUUUUAUGAACUGUUGACAUUUCAUUUUGUCUAAUUUGACCCUGCAUACAAAAAGCAGUUCAAUCUGUUAUAUUAUGAAACAUUGUUUUUUUUACAACAAGAUACUAGUUACAUUGGAAUGUAAUCUUUAUAAGGCCAACAGUACAAAAUGAUAGUUUUAUACACAUCAUUGUAUAUGCAUAUUUUUUAGAUGCUUUUUCUUGAGUAGAUUUCGAGCAGAGUACAUUUCCAUGCCUGUUUAAACACUAUAGGAUUUAGCAGGAUGAUGUGUAUGUAGAGAAUGUAAUAUAAUGCUUAUUUAUAACUGUAAUUGUGGAAAUAAUGCUCCUAAUUAAGUAGUAAACACUGUCUUAAUUGUAUUUACUCAUGAUUUUUUUCCCCAUGUUCAGAAAUGAACCCAUUUAUGAUUUUGAGAGAAAGAUACAGUAAGCUUUGGUCAGGGAAUAAACCUUUAAAAUACA